UGCUUGGAGUGAGUGACUCAGCCUUCUGGAUUCGCAUCGGAAAGGGAGAGAAAAGUUCAGACAGAAGAUUCAGGUACGGUGCGAUGGUCACUAUGUACCGGUUCUGGGAAUCAAGAAUCCACAAAAGUGCAAGUGCCUGCACCAGGAUGCUCAAUUACUAGAAAUCACCCGGGCCAUGCCAUGCAAAAAAAAAAUCGAAAUCUUCUUCACCAACGCGCGAGGAAUUGUUGUUCUAUCGCCCUAUCUUUUCGCACUACAGCUGCAGCUGUCAUUGUUAAUGGUCUUGGAUCGAUCCUCCAAUAGGUGCUCAGAUAAGCCAAUGCGAUUAAUCGCAUAAGAGUCAUUUCAUCGUUGCACAGAGCAUCUCGAUUCGAACUUUGACCCACAGCCGUUUUACACGUUUCGUGCACACAAUAUCCAUCAUGUCCCAGAACUCUUACAAUGUUGGUGAUCACGUCCAGUACCAAGGCAUUGGCGGAGGAAACGUUGAAAACUCUACUACCCAUGGAGAAAUCACAGACGUUGUGACUGACAAGCAACAAGCCGGUAGCUCUGGAGUGACCGUUAACGCGUCCGCUGAAGAUCCUCGCUACGUUAUUCGCAACGACAACACUGGAAAGGAGACUGCCUACAAGGCUGAUAAUAUUAAGAAAGCAGAGUAGUCACUUUAUCCCGUAUACCGUACUUGCAACACAUAAGAUGAAGAGUUUUGAAAUAACGGUGUAUCGCAUGUCCAAUUUAUCUGAAAACGAGUAACUCCACUUUCACGACGC